UUUUGACAAUUGGCUAAAUUACUGUUUUGUACGAAAUUACGUAAAAUUAGCAGCAGUCAAAAUGGCUCUGUCAAAGACCGGCUACUAUGAUAAACCCGAGGGUCAAGACUUGUUUGGCAAAAUGGUUGCGACCAACACUUAUGCCGCCACAGCCGGUUUGGCUUGGUCCACCGUUGAUGUGUUGAUGUUGACCCAUCCCAAGGGUUAUUUGCCAACAUUGGCUCGCUUUGCCUAUAAUACCGGUCCAAUGAUGGGUAUGGCUUCGGCAUUCACAUUGGCCACAUAUUUGUCGACAAAUGUUCGUGGCAAGGAUGAUAGACUAAACUACUUCAUUGGUGGUUUUGCUGCUGGUGGUGUCUUUGGUGCCUGGAGACGUAGCCAUGUUGCUGGUCUUGUUAUGGGUCUUUUCUUCGGUAUUGCCGGUGUCAUUAAGAAGACUUCCAUUCAAGAAGGCUGGGAAUUCUUCCCACCCCUCAAUCAUCAUGCCUAUAUGGGUGUGAGACAAAUCGAUAAUUCUUUGAUGGCUGAUCCCACCAAAGAAAAGAAAAAUUAAAGGCAAAGAUAUCUGUGUUUUUAGUCAAUAGUCAAUAA